UAUCUCGAGAUCCCGCCGAAAGCGUUUGACAGUUCCCGCGCGCAACCGGUGUGUGAUACACGCACAGCACUCAUGCCUUCCGCGCAAACCUUCGUUCGUAAUCACGAGCCCGGUCAUGCCCCUCGGCGGGUGACGAGGAUUCCGAAAUUACCAGGAAUGAGGCUGAUCCAAGGCAGCCAGAGACGGGCGGUUGGCUGCGUCCUGCUGGCCAUCAUGGCUGUGGUAGCAGCUGCGUCAUACGACCGGGAGAGGCUAGAGAUCGCUAAGCAGAUCCUGGAAGAAGUACCGCUUACGGACGGGCACAACGACUUGCCGUGGAACAUCCGCAAGUUCCUUCGCAACCAGAUCAACGAGUUCGAGCUGGACACCGACCUGACGCAAGUGGAACCCUGGUCCAUCUCGAAGUACUCCCAUACUGAUCUUCCGAGGCUGAGGCAGGGCAUGGUUGGCGCUCAGUUCUGGUCAGCAUUCGUGCCCUGCAGUGCCCAGAACAAGGACGCUGUCCAGUUGACUUUGGAGCAAAUAGACGUUAUCAAACGCUUGGUUGAGAAGUACCCGCAGCACUUCCAAAUGGCUACUUCUGUUACUGACAUUCUGGAAGCUCACAGCGCACGGCCUCGUAAGAUUGCAUCACUCAUCGGUAUAGAGGGGGGACACUCUAUCGCGAACUCCCUGGGGGUCCUCCGUAGUUACUACCAGCUUGGCGUGCGGUACAUGACUCUCACUCACACCUGUAAUACGCCAUGGGCCGAUUCUUCAAAUGAACCACCCGCUGCCAAUGGCCUAACGGAGUUUGGUGAGAAAGUGGUGAGGGAGAUGAACCGUCUGGGCAUGAUAGUGGACCUCUCCCACGUUGGGGAAAACACCACCAGAGCAGCGAUCCGGCUGUCCAAAGCUCCGGUGAUAUUCAGCCACUCUUCGGUGUAUAGUCUCUGCCCUCAUAAGAGGAACGUUCCGGAUGAUAUUAUCCAAUCUUUGAAAGAAAACGGCGGCUUGAUAAUGGUGAAUUUCUUCCCUGACUUCGUGAAGUGCGCUCCCAAUGCUACUAUCUCCGAUGUCGCUGAACAUUUCCACUACAUCAAGAGGAUGAUCGGAGCUGAUUACGUCGGCAUCGGCGGAGAUUAUGAUGGCGUCAACCGUGUACCCCGCGGGCUGGAAGACGUGUCCCGUUACCCGGAUCUGUUCGCGGAGCUCCUCCGCAGCGGCCAGUGGACCGUGCAGGAGCUGAAGAAUCUCGCUGGUUUGAACAUGCUGCGCGUGAUGAGGCAGGUAGAGAAGGUCCGAGAUGAAAUGCGCACCAACGGCAUCGAACCCGAAGAGCAUCCCGACUCACCCUCCGACAACGGCAACUGCACCAGCAAUGCAUUCUACACGGACUAUGCUUAAACACUCUACACCAGGGGUUCUCAAACUUUUUCAGCUCGCGGCGCAGUUUCAUGUUAAGUUUUUUGUCGCGGCAACCUAGCUAUUUGAAAAGGAUAUCGUCGGUAUAGGUACCUACAAUACGAGACUAGAUUAGGGCAAUCUAUGCUAUGUUUCUUGAGCGCACAAAAAAGGUACUCUACUUUCUACGGCGCACAGUUUGGGAACCCUUGCUCUACACUAUGUCUGCCUUGAUACGAUGCUCUUUCGUUUAAGUACUCAGCGGUCAAUGGAUGGGCUAGAUAAGUUCAGCGGGUUGGGGAUGAGACUGAGAACUUGUUGCUCUUUCGCACAUAUCAGUGUUGUUUGUGUUGACUGCGGUAGUUGUGUAUUUUUUUGGAAUUUGAAACUGUUUAUUUAAUGUGUUUUAUUAAAAUUAUAAAUCGCCUUCUACAUUUAUUGUAUUGUAUUUAAUAAAUUUUUGAAGUUAUUGGAUAUUACCUAAUUCUAUCGCAGUGUAGUUAUUUCAGUUUCAUCUCCAAUGCUCUGCUGAGAACUGUAGUUUAGAUAAUUAUAAAAAAAAAAUUAAUAUACUUAAUUAAUCUUUUUUGAAA